CUUUACUGCUCCCAGAGUGAUCCCCGUCUAGGCGUUGACGUCACAGUUCUCUGCGGGAGUGCUCGGGGAGCAAUUAUUAUAAUCCAAACGAGGGCACACCCUUGGAAAAUCAAUAGCCGAACAUACUUUAUUGUUUUGAUCAAACUCUUUGAUCCAUACAAUUAGACGGAGCAAGAAAGAGCGCUCCGCUUUUUGAUCAAUCGGGUUUUGAGGCAAAAGUCGAAAACGCUAUUAGACGUAAUUGUAGUUGAUGCCCAUACUUGGUUGAUGCCAGACAGAUUAGCUUGCAAAGUAAAUCAUCAAAAAUGGCUGACAUACGAGAUAUUUUGGAGCUGGAAAGUCCUGCCACUCCAGAGCUUACUCGUGAAUCCAUCACUGGCUCGGACAAACCCAAGAAAAGAUAUUCUUCUGGUGCCAAACCGGCAAAACGUCCUGAGGGAAUGCACAGAGAAGUUUUCGCUUUGCUUUCCAAGGAUGCAGAUAUGCCACCAAUAUUUCCUUCAGAUACAGCUGAUGGAUACAAACAAAUGAAAAUUAAACUUGGUAUGCGGAAACCAAGAAAAUGGAAGUGGAUGCCUUUUAAAAAUCCAGCCAGAACAGACGAUGCUGUUUUUCACCAUUGGCGAAGACCAAGUGAUGAACCUAGAGAGUAUCCGUUUGCUCAAUUUAACAAAAAAGUAGAAAUAUUCACUUACACAGAUGAUGAGUAUCAACAACAUUUGACUUGCGAUGAUUGGACGAAAGAAGAAACUGAUAAUUUAAUCGAUUUGGCCCAAAGAUUUGAUUGUAGAUUUAUUAUUAUGGCUGAUAGAUAUAAUACUGAAGGAGUUACAAAGCGAUCUGUUGAAGACAUAAAGGAUCGAUAUUAUAAAGUUCAAGGGAUCCUUGGCAAAUUAAAUGGUGACAAGAAACUCUAUGUUUAUGAUGUGGAGCACGAAAAAAAACGUAAAGAGCAGUUAGGUAAAUUAUUUGAGAGAACAAUAGAACAGAUUGAAGAAGAACAAUUUUUGCUUGGAGAAAUGAAAAAAAUAGAGGCCAGGAAGAAGGAAAGGGACAGAAAAACGCAAGAUUUACAAAAACUUAUUAGCCAAGCUGAUAGUCAAAACGACAUGCCUAGAAAAUCUGACAAAAAAUUACCCAAAAAGAAAGUACCUAAUCCUGCAAGGCCAAGAGUUGAUACUAAUUACAUUUUCCAGGCAGUUGAAACAGCUGGAAUUAAAUUCGCCGACUUCAAAAACAGUGGAGUAUCUUUACGAUCUCAAAGGAUGAAAUUACCACCAAACGUCGGACAAAAGAAAGUCAAAGGAAUCGAACAAUCUUUGCAGUUCUUGGGAUUAGAACAAAGUCCUCCAGCUUCAGAGGACAUUUGCCAGUGCUUUAACAAACUGAGAAGUGAAAUGGUCCUUCUAUUGGAAAUUAAAGGGGCACUGGCAACUUGCGAUUACGAGUUGCAAUCUUUGCGACAUCAAUAUGAAGCUAUGGCUCCUGGAAAGACUUUAGCGAUACCUGCACAGCUCACUAAUACAGAUCUUGAUAUAAAACCAAACCCGGGUGAAAUUAUUGAUGUGGUGGGUUCCCCGGGAAAUCCCACGAAUGCCUAGCUAGUACUCUUAAGAAUAAGGAUUUAGUUUAUACACAAAAUCAGCAAAUUUUCAUUUAAACAAUUUACAUUAGGAAAAGGAGUUUAUUUUACAUUUUUUUUUUUUUUUUAGUAUUAUAACAUUAUGUAUUUAAUAGGUUGGAAAUAAUAAUAGGACUAAAGUACAUAACAUGUUUUUGAUUUAAAACAUAAAAUCCUAGAAAAAAAAAACUUUAUUUCGAUUUUAUAACAUGAGUCUGCAGACUUCAAUACAUAAAAAUUGUUAUCUAGAUAAUACUUCAAAGCAGAAACUAUAUUUCAACAAAACGAUACAUAUAUGUGAUAGGAGCUAUGUAAAGCGUGUAUACUUUAUAAAAAAAAAAAGAUAAUUAGAUUCUUCAUGCAACCUAACCUUAUGAACUUAAACUUGUAUUUCUUCCAAGGACAUACAUACUGUACAGCUUCUCAACAUAUUUACACAUAAAACGACUUAUAAAUAAUAUUUAAAAUAAGAAAACAUAUAAAAAGGAUAUUUUUACUUUUUAAUCCACCAUAUUACUAUUGCUCUAAUCUUGGUCUUUUUCGACUCGGUUCUUCUGUAGCAGGGGUUUCUCGUUUUUUAGUUACAU